GAAUGAAUGACUGGAGACUUCCAGCGCCUUGACACCACACCUGAACCUGGCGUUGGCCUCAGUCACGGAAUCGGAGAGAAUACCUAACUACAAUACCAAGUCCCGGCGCUAAAACCCCCCUCUCUCUUUUCUCCCGUCCACUUUCUUUCCAGGCUUUUCCGGCGGUACUAUAAGUCCCUUGGUUGGACUCGGCAGCGGACCGACCAUUCGCUACCUACCCACCCAGGCACCGAUUUGCCGCCGCCGCCGCCUGUUCUCUACCAGCCCAAGCGCCACUUCAGCUUCCGCUCUUAAGAAGGCUGAAACCUCUUCAGCUGCUCGCUCUUCCUAUUUCUCACUCCGCCUGUCCUCAACCCACUCGGGACGAGCCCACGGGCCCCGUGUUGUACAGAAGACCGACGAUCCUGUGUUACCUCGCGCCCGAUCUCUUCUGUCCUAGCCGCCAUGUCUCGUGCUACGGCGCCCAGCGGCGCGAAGACGCGCCUCAUGAGCGAGAUGAAGGCGCUGCGGAAGGAGAAGUGGAUCAACUUUGAAGACAGCAACAUUCUCAAGUGGCGCUUCGCGCUGAUGGUCAUCAACUCGGACAGCGCCUUCAACGGCGGCUACUUCAGGGCCGAGAUGCUCUUCACCGACGAGUACCCGUACCAGCCGCCCAAGUUCCGCUUCCUGAUCCCCAUCACGCACCCCAACAUUUACCCUGACGGCCAGCUCUGCAUCUCGAUUCUGCACAAGCCCGGCGAAGACAUCAUGUCCGGCGAGGAGGCGAGCGAGCGCUGGUCGCCGCUGCAGGGCGCCGAGAGCGUGCUGCGCUCCGUGCUCCUGCUGCUCGACGACCCGGAGAUCAACUCGCCCGCCAACGUGGACGCCAGCGUCAUGUACCGCGACCGCCGCGCCGAGUACAACGAGAAGGCGCGCGAAACGGUCGAGCGGUCCAAGAAGGACAUCCCCCCCGGCUUCGAGAUGCCCCGGAGCUUCGAGUCGACGCCGCCGCCGAAGCCUGAGAACGACGACGACUUUUGGGCCGAAAGUGAGGACGAGUUCGACUUCGGCGGCAGCGAUACCGGCGACGACGAAGAAGAAGACCAGGAGAUGGAAGACUUUGGGGAUGCGGAAGGUGAGGAAGAUGAGGAGCAGGAAGGCAGUGACGAGGAGGGCGAAGAGGACGACGACGACGAUGAGGAUGGCCACCACUAAGACAUCCUCGGCCGACAGUACGGCUCAUUCAUUGUGGGGUGGGGAAGGUGUUGCGGCGAGGGCUCUCGCUCCCUUCCCUCCUCCCUUUCACCUCCUUUUCAUUCGGUUUUCUUAUUGCUUGCUCUCUUUUCCUUUUGUCGCUGGUUUCUUAUAACAUGCAUAGCGUUUGUGAGGACGACGGGGCGCAGUGGGCGUUCUACGGGGCUUACAUCUGGAGAACGGGGACUUGGCUGUAUUUACGGGACCUCACAGCGCCUGGAGAGGUGUCCUCCAAGGGGUGACG